GGAAAUUAGCUCUAGACAAAUGUACAGAAAGAAGGUGAAAUGUACUAGCCUAAGAUAAGCAUCUCAACAAGCGUUAGUGUCAACACCUCACAGCAUCAAUUUCUCAUCAUGGAUAAGCCGCAUACAGAAAGAAUAGACACAACUCUGAACAAUGACUAUGGAAUAUCAAACUAUGAGGAAGGAAACAAUGGCUUGUGCAUUAUUGAACAUUCAUACCUGAACAUGGAUUUAAAAGCUGCCAUUUUCUACAUGGUCUUUGUGCUUGGCCUCAUUGGCAACAUCACUGUUAUAUGGGUUCUCCUGAAAGUCAUGCAUCUGAAAAGUAUGACCAAUGUCUGCCUAUUGAAUGUGGCUCUAUCAGACCUACUAAUGGUCCUUUCACUGCCUUUCUGGGCUCUCUAUGCCCAGGGUCACUACUUAACAGUCAACGCAAUAUGUCGUGCUAUGGCAGGUCUAUACCAAGUGGGAUUUUACAGUGGCAUCCUGUUUGUGACCCUGAUGAGUGUGGAUCGCUAUCUGGUUAUUGUACAUGCCGUAGCGGUGCUGGGUGCAAAGAUUCUACGGUAUGGAGUUGUGGUGAGUCUCAUUAUAUGGGUGGUUUCAAUCUGUACCGCCCUCCCGGAGGCAAUAUUUGCAGCAAUGGUCACAGAGGAUAACAUUACCAGCUGCCAGAGAAUUUAUCCUAAUGGCACGGCCCGGACAUGGAAGCUUUUCCGGAACUUUAGUGAAAAUACAAUAGGGCUUUUUAUUUCUUUGCCAGUUAUAGCCUACUGUUACAUUAGGGUCCUGUUGGUUGUGCAGAAAACCAAAAACUCAAAAAAGGAUCGGGCUAUAAAACUUAUCUUUGCUAUUGUUGUUGUGUUCGUGGUCUUCUGGGUGCCCUACAAUGUGGUGGUGUUUCUGAAAACCUUGCAGGAGUUUAACAUCUUAAGCAGCUGUAUAGCUUCACAAAACUUAAACAUGGCCAUGGAACUGACCGAGACAAUAGCACUGAUACACUGCUGUGUUAAUCCAAUAAUAUAUGCUUUUGUUGGAGAGAAGUUUCAGAAAUGUCUAGCAAGCAUGUUUUCAAGACAUCUCUUAUGUGUGAAGGUCUACCAAGCAGCGUCUAUUCAUUCAAAAGUUUCAGAAAAUGAAACCUCCAACACCGCUUUGUAAAGAAUGGCAUCUUUCUGGUGUUUUUUUUGUGUUUUUUUUUACAUCAUCCACAAAAGUAAAUGAGCACAACAGUAUAGUUUCGAAAGUAAAAAUCCUAUUCCUUUUUUUCAUUGGUGAAUUAAAUUUACAAUCUAUUAUAGACCUUUAAAAGCAGACCUAUCUUAAGCACAGAGGUUGUUAAUCAAUGGUAUAUGCUUCUGUUAAAGCAACCAGUCCAUAUUCUUUACCAUAUUUACUAUUUUUCGCUUUCUAUAUACUUUAUUCUCCCAUUGAAUUGAAUGCAACAAUUUAUGUACAAAUUCUGCUCAUAUUUUGGCCCAUUUCAUUUCAGAGAUUGCAGUUUAAAAUAAAGUUUUAUAUAUAUAUAUAUAAAGGUUUGCUGGCGGCCAAAGGUCAAUAAUGUACAGAUUUUGCUGUACAUUUCGGAAGGAAAUUGGUACUUUAAUUCAACAAAGUGGCAAUCAACUGAUCGCAAAGUAUAGUCAGGACAUUACUGAUGUAAAACAACAGCACCAUCACUAUUUGAAGAAAGUCAUUUUUUAUCAAAUCUAGACAGGCCCCAUUUCCAGCAGCCAUCACUCCAACACCUUAUCCUUGAGUAAUCAUGAUGAAUUGAUCAUUUGGUACUGGAAAAUCACUUGCCAUUAUAUCAAACACAGUUGAAAGCUAUUUGGUUCAUUAAAUUAAGUUUAUCACUGUCUUUGUGUUUGUUUUUGAGUUGGCACAGUAUGCAAUAGACUGGCAUGUUUUAAGGUCAAUAUUUGGUCAGAAAUGGCAAAAAAGAAACCGCUUUCUCUAGAAACUCAUCAGUCAAUCAAUGUUUUGAGGAAUGAAGGCUAUACAAUGCUUGAAAUUGCCAAAAAAACACAAGAUUUCAUGCUACAGUCUUCAAAGACAAAGGACAACUGUCUCUAACAAGGAGAGAAUGAGAUGUGGAAGGCCAGAUGUACAACUAAACAAGAGGAUAACUCCAUCAGAGUCUCUAGUUUGAGAAAUAGACACCUCACAUGUCCUCAGCUGACAGCUUCAUUGAAUUCUACCUGCUCAACACCAGUUUCAUGUACAACAGUAAAGAGAAGACUCAGGGGUGCAGCCUUAUGGGAAGAAUAACAAAGAAAAAGCCACUUUUGAAACAAAAAGUAAAAAUUAGAGUGGGCAAAGAAACACAGACAUUGGACAACAAAUAAUUGGAAAAGAGUGUUAUGGAUUUUAACCCCAUUGAGCUUUUGUGGGAUCAGCUAGACUGUAAGGUGUGUGAAGUGCCCGACAAGACAGUCAUAUCUAUGGCAAGUGAUACAGGAAGUGUGAGGUGAAAGGCCACGUGAGUUUCUGGACAAUCUGACAGCAAGAAUGCCAAGAAUCUGCAAAGCUGUCAUUGCUGCACGUGGAGGAUUUUUUGAUGAGAACCCUUUGAAGUAGUUUAAGAAGUUCUAAAUUAUUUUUUCAAAUUGUAAUAGUAAUUGUUCACAUUAUUAAUGUCCUGACUAUACAUUGUGAUUAGUUCAAUGCUACUUUGGUGAAUUAAAGUUCCAAUUUCUUUCCAUAACAGCAAAAUAUGUACAUUAUUCCAAACUUUUGGCUGCCAGUAUAUAUAAUAUAUAUAUAAAGUAUAAAGAAAAUCCACUGACAUCACCUGAAAUAUGCGUGAGAGGAAGAUGUGUCAACUGAAAGUGUACUUUAUUAAAAAAAAUGCAUACACUGUAACUGCACUUAUGUCUCUCUGUGUUAUACUCAUAAUGUUUGUCACUUUUUCUUUUGCCUAAACUACUUUUUUCAGACUGAGAAAUGUAUAUACAGUAUAUCAAGAUAUUCAUAAAAAAUAAGAUAAUAAAAAAA